AUGCUGCGGGUCUCGGAGGACGGAGGACGGCGCCGGGCGGCCCGCGCCGCCGGGUACGGCGACCUCGGCCGCGCCCUCCUCGACUUGCAGGCCGCCGCAGACCAGGUCUUCGAUACCGUCUCCAGGCGUACCGCCGAGGAGCGCGACAAGCUGUCGGCCAUUUCGAUGCGAAUCAAAGCGGCCAAGGCUAAGAUCAAAGCAUUAUCUCAGUCAGAGGAGCCACUCACUAUUGUUUCACCAGCCCGCCAUCCUUUGAGUUCUACUAAACAAGAGGACUACAGACCACUCUUUCACGACAAACAUGGUUUGCCUAUAGCAACCAUUGCUGUCAAUGGAGGAUUCAACAGAGAAUAUGGGCUAGAAGGCACCCUUGAGCUCUUCCAGUUUUUCUCUGAGGAGAACUGUGAUUAUCCUUCUCCUUCAAAAGCUACAGAUAAGUUUCCCAAAACCAAAGAUGGCACAUAUUUGGAGAAUCUUUUACAGACAGCAAACCGUCACCACCACAAACCUAUGUAUAUUUUUCCUUCAGAUCUACUUGAUCAAUUUUCUGCUAGAGUGCUAGAUGAAAUAGUAAACGAUAUUGUUGACAGUGGUGCUCUAGUGCUCUCUGCUUUAAUAGGAAGCACAAGAAAAAUGCUACCCAAGCACCACAUACAUCAUGUUGAAGUACCCAAAAAUCUAAACAUUUAUGAAUUCGUCUAG